AUGGAUUAUCCAUUAAAUGCUGCUACUAUAUUCUUCAUUUAUAUGUUAAACGCCAGUGAAAAUCAUCUAUUAAAUAUUACUCACUACGUUUUCACGCAUGCUGAACUAUUAGAAAGUAAGUCAUUUAUAAAAUAA